UAAUUCUACAUGAAGUGCACGGGACAACAGCAGCCUUUCCGUAUAGGACUGAUGCCAAGGCGUUGAAACCACUUAUAUGGAAAACUAAUUCAAGGAUGAUAUUUUUCUUCAGACUAUUCGGAUGACAGAAACAUGAGAAGAGCGCCAAUUUGCGACUGUGUGACUUUACUGCUGAUUCUCGUGCGUUUGCAGCUGAUGAUCAGUAGAUUCGGGAUGCGCUGAAAGCAACGCGAUCUGGAUGUAUACAGGAACGCAUCGCAAAGGAACACCGUACUUUGUUGAAUUGAUUAAAGAAGCGAAGAAUAAAUCUUGCUCGACAUAAACAAUGUAAAAUGCGAACCUCCCGUUUCUCAAAACGAACUGUCACCCGUUCUCUCUCUGGAAUCGAGUCUUCUUCGUGAACAACAUGACACGGACGCGCUUCUGCUGUCAUUAACGGGGACAAAUCAGACCAACACAGCGACAAUCCAAUCAAUAUAGUAUCGAUGAGCUCAUAUAUAAGGCUAAUCAUCACGCCUGCCUAUGUUUGCUUAACCUCUUUUGGAGAGUAUGCUGUGGGACGGUGAACAAACUGCUGACAAGCUCUGUGGGAGUACAUGGAUCCAUUUUUGAGCUCCUCAAGAGAUUUUAGCAUUGAAAAUAUGAUAUGUGCUUUGCAAGAUGACUCCAACAGUCAACAUAACUACGGACAAACCAGAUCAACCAGUUGCUCCAAUUCAUGUGUAAGCACUCUUAGUUUGGUCUGGAAUUAUGGGGUGACUGCUAACUCGACUCGGUGAAAAGCCAUGGAUGUGAACUACUCCACAGUCCUGGACAGCAGUGUGUCGCAGCGCGAUUCAUCAAAGCGAGUUCUGACUGGUUGUUUCCUCUCACUCCUCAUCCUGACCACCUUACUGGGGAACACAUUGGUCUGUGCUGCAGUCACAAAGUUUCGCCAUCUGCGCUCAAAAGUCACCAACUUCUUUGUUAUAUCACUGGCUAUUUCUGACUUGCUUGUGGCCAUUUUGGUGAUGCCAUGGAAAGCGGCCACAGAGAUUGUAGGUUUUUGGCCGUUCGGCGCUUUCUGCGAUGUUUGGGUGGCCUUUGACAUCAUGUGUUCCACUGCCUCCAUCUUGAAUCUGUGCGUCAUCAGUGUGGACCGCUACUGGGCCAUUUCUAGCCCGUUUCGAUAUGAACGCAAGAUGACACCCAAGGUGGCGUUCAUCAUGAUAAGCGUGGCAUGGACGCUGUCCAUCCUUAUCUCCUUCAUCCCUGUGCAGCUAAAUUGGCACAAAGCCCAGACAACCAGUUAUACAGAGCUUAACGGUACCUAUGGCGAACUUCCCCCAGAUAACUGCGACUCCAGCCUUAAUCGGACAUACGCCAUCUCCUCCUCGCUGAUCAGUUUUUACAUACCUGUGGCUAUUAUGCUGGUCACUUACACCCGCAUCUACCGCAUUGCCCAGAAGCAGAUUCGUCGGAUCUCAGCGCUAGAAAGAGCUGCUGAGAGCGCAAAGAACCGCCACAGCAGCAUGGGAAACAAUGCCAGUAUGGAAUCUGAAAGUUCUUUUAAGAUGUCUUUCAAACGUGAAACCAAAGUUCUCAAGACCCUCUCGGUCAUCAUGGGUGUUUUCGUGUGCUGCUGGCUGCCCUUUUUUGUUUUAAACUGCAUGGUUCCUUUCUGCAACCCAAAUGAGAGCACUGACUUCUUGUGCAUCAGUUCCACCACAUUUGAUGUGUUUGUUUGGUUCGGUUGGGCGAACUCAUCACUCAACCCCAUCAUCUAUGCCUUCAAUGCUGACUUCCGAAAGGCAUUCUCCAUCUUGCUGGGCUGCCAUCGGCUCUGCCCGGGCAGCAGCGCUAUAGAGAUUGUGAGUAUCAACAACAACUGUGGCCCUCCGUCUACUUCUCAGUAUCAGCCUAAGGGCCACAUUCCCAAGGAGGGGAACAACAGCAACUAUGAGAUCCCUCACAGUAUCAUUUGCCAAGAGGAGGAGAACCAGAAGAAAGAGGAUGACUCUGGCAUAAAGACCUUUGAUAAACUGUCACCUUCCAUGUCAGGCACUUUGGAUAGUGAUGCAGAUGUCUCACUAGAAAAGAUCAACCCCAUUACACAAAACGGACAGCACAAAUCUAUAUCCUGCUGAGCAGCAGGUGAGAUCUGACUCCAGCAAGGAAUCCUUGUUUAUAUACAGUACAGAAUCCAAAAGCUUCACUGAGGACCUUAAUAACAAUUCUUGGACUUAACGAAACUUGUGGAAAACAAAAGAAUGUUCCAAUCGAAGGCACUUUAUGCUGGAUAACUAUCUGCAAAAUUUUCACAGCAUUUAUUAUUGACAUUAACAGGUCAGUUGUUGCAAAACAUCUAUGGAAAGUAAUGUGAACAAACAACGCAUGCAUAUGUAUACAUGUGUAUACGUAUGCAAGCCCGCGUGCUUGUGAAAGAACUAUACUGUUGUUAAUAUAAAGACAAGAGUAAGGUCUCUAGUAAAAUAUCUUGUAGGUGAGUUUACUUUAAUGGCUCACAGGUAGUGAAAUUUGGUUGUGUCUACUCUGUCGACAAUAAAAUGUACAUAGCGUUGUUUAAAUUUUUCACCAUUUAUCAGAGUUGGCUAAGUCAACGUCUCCUUACGCUGCUAGUUGUGAAAUUGUAUGUGCAAACUACCCCAUAAUGUGACUUGAGAGCAGUAGCCAUUUUUCAACCCAGUCUUCUAUGUGUGCAUUGGUGUGAUGUCAAAGACGUUGGAGAGCAGUGGAUUUUUCUGCUAUGUGAUUUAUUAUCAGCUGUGGAAGUGACCAUGAUAGUUGGAUGUAAUUUUUAAUAUGUUGAUGUCAACGACUACUUCCUUACCCAAGCCCUUCCUCACUGCCAACCCAUCAGUUGUCACAGCACAGGGAAAACACAAUCCCAUUAGUAAUCUCACUGGUCAUUACUUUCACUUCAAUUGUCGAAAGCUUUAAGAGGGAAAUUGGUUUAUUUUAAACCCCAUGCCCUGGAGAUCUACCAGUUUACAAUUAUGCUUUUAAACGUUAGCGAAUCCUUGCUCCGCUUUUCCUUUCUCGAUUCCAUCCACUCUAAAUGUACUUUCAGGCACCACGGCUGCCUUCAAACGGUUUCUUUUGCCAAAUCUGUGGAUGAACUUUGCUUUGGGACAUGUGAAAUUCAGCUAAUGUACAACGGAAAACUGUAAUGACUGUAUCUUAUGCAAUGCUUCUGUCCAGCCACCCAGAAAGAUGUUGUGACCUUUUUGAAAACCCGAUAAGAAGGCGCUUCAAAGCAUAUCCAGGAUGAAAACCCUUUCGCAUCAUGCAUAGUUAUUGUUCAGAAUCCAGCCCCUGAACUGUUAUGUCAGCUGUCCAAUGGGAAGGUGUACUGUAUGAUUACCAAUGCGUGUUACAUCCAUGGGUACAUUUGCCUUUUAGCUCGGUAUUUCAUUGUCCUACGGAAUGGGUGACAUAUAAACUGCCGUCCCACUUUUAAUAAUUUGUUGAGCUGUUUUGUUAGGUUAUGCAACUGCCCUUGAUCUAAGUUAAUUCCAGGGCCUUCCAUGCAGCGAGAGCUUCAUAUGAACAUCAGGAUUUGACUGAACUGACGUGUUCUCAGAGUACAUUAGGAAUGUAAGCAAGAUGUAAACGAGACCAACGUGAUUACUAUAAAUCAACGAUGGUAGCUUUAAAAUCAGUUUGCCCCUUUUUUGUUGACCGUCGUAACAGAGAAAAUCUCUCAUAUUUUGCCUUCAUUUAUACCCUGUGCCAAAAUUAUAAGGACGUCUUGUUCAGCAGCCUUCAUCUACCCUAAUAUUCUCCUUUCUAUAUGUUCUUCCAUCAUUCUGUAUGUUCGGCUCCACAUUGGAAAUAGCAUACAGAAUAUUUACACAGCUUGGAUAAGUUGGACAGAGAGACUAGAUGAACACAGACUUCAGCACACAUAUUUGUCUAAAACUGGACAUUCGCUCCAGGGGAUUUUCCAAAUGACUCUUGUUUACUCACCCGGCUGUCAGAUACCCGUUCUUCAUAAUGCUGCUAUGGAAAUAUUCAGCUAUAUUUUUUAUUGAGCUCCAAAAUUUAAUAACCUCCGUGUAUCAAACUGCAUUUCAGCUCAAAUGCAAAUGCUUGAAUAUUCACAAUGGCUGCUUUUAGCAGCAAUUAGUUUAGCAACAUCCUUGCCAAUGAGGCGAUUAGCAUUUAAAAUGAUCCUCUGUGACAUUCACAAAAAUCCCAGGUGCUUCUUUUACUCCAAAUGCUAAGGUAUGCCCAGAAACACUGAGGAACCACGGGCAGUUGUUUAAUAAGAAGUGAAUAAAAUGACUGGGCCAAAUUUCUGGUUUCCUUUUUUACCAAAGAUUGCAGGUUUAUUUUCUGAUUUUGCAGGUGUUGUUCUGUACGCUUUCAUAAGCCGUCAGUUUCAGGUUGAGAGCUGUUGUUUUCAGUUCCUUUCAGAGGAGGCUAAAAAUGACAACUAGUGACAAUGGCUACACUGCAAAAAAAUGCUUUUCUUACUUAGAUUUUAUUGUCUUCUUUCUAGUCCAAAUAUCAAAAAAUUCUUACAUCAAGAAGCAAGCAAAACGUAAUGUUUCGGUUUAAGAAAUAAUAUGCCAAAAUUAAGUGAGUUUUUCCUUAAAACAGGCAAAAUAAUCAGCCAAUGGGAUAAGCAAAAAAUCUUGGUUUUCUUUUUGACAUAAGAUGAUUUUGCCUGUUU